UGGCGGGCUUCCCGCACACCUAAUAGUCGUCUCAGUAUUGUUGAAAAUUGGCUUCGCCAUGACGGAUUGUUCACUUACUCUUCUUUCUGUACUUUCCUUUGCUUUCUCUUCUUCCAGAUCGUUGAAUAUGGCUAUGCCCAACUUCACACAAGCAUUUCUUUUUUCUCUGCUUGUAAUCUCUGCAACGGCAGUGGUUGCCGGAGCCGCCAAUGUCCACCACGUCGUUGGAGGAGACCGCGGAUGGGACCCAUCUUCUGACCUCUCGGCCUGGUCUUCAGCUAGAACCUUCAGAGUCGGCGACGAAAUCUGGUUCUCCUACUCCGCGACGGAGGGUGUAAUUGCGGAGGUGAAAAGCAAGGAAGAAUACGAGUCGUGCGAUUCGGGAAACCCCAUUAACAUGUAUACGGACGGUCUACAUGCGAUCCCGCUGGAGAAAGAAGGGAUCAGGUACUUCCUCAGCACUGAGCCCCAGCACUGCAAUAAUGGCCUCAAGCUCCAUGUACAGGUUCAGCCCAUGAUGAACCCUUCGUCGUCGUCGUCUUCUUCUUCUGCAGAAUUUGAUGCCGUUGCUGCUACAAAAGUUGGAGCUGAAGGGCCAUCUACACCUUCUGCUUCACCCCCUCAUAAUAGGGUCUCCCCUAUUUCCAUCACGAUUCUCAUGUUUUGCGUCUCCAUCAUGUUUCAUUGUGCUUAAGCACAGGGAUAUUUCAUUUGGUUCUUUUAUUAAGAAUCAACAAGGCUUUCAAUCUAGUAUGACGUCGUUCUGGGAUAUAAGAUAUGUUGUAUGCAUAUGUUAAACUUGGGGGAUUUGGUCCUGGUUAUUAUGUUCCUCUGGGCAAAUGAUAAGUUGCCAAGCUCUGCAUUUUAUGAAUGUGAUUUGUGAAAUUAGAUGUUUAUGUUUCUAUUA